ACAAGUGAUAAAGUUGCCAUGCGGGUAACGAACAACAAACCGUCUUGGAUUUGGAUUGGUGCUGGAGAAAUGGCACCAAAUCGGCCAUGGGGCAUAAAGAAGCGGAAAAGAUGCCCAGGAACGCGUAAAUUGGCGACCAGCUUCAAGAAACAAGAGCACACAAAGGUCAGUUUUCAAGAUGAAUGGGGUACAUCAAUAACGUGUGCCAAUUGUCACGAGCGAUUUCCAAGAGAAACCAAAAAUCAUCGAUUCAAAAUUUGUCGAAAUUGCAUACCAAAACCGAUUGUUGGACUACCACCGAUAAUUGUGACGAAUUUGAGCAGACAAGAGCUUAAGAAAGAGCGAAUUGUAGAGAGAGCAAUCAAUCCAGAUCGUGAGAACAUCGAGCGUUUAGUGCCAAAGAUAAAAGUUAUCUUCAAAACUUGGUCAUUAACUCGAGAAUACCAUGAAUUGGGUGAUGCUGAACCAGAAGACAUGAUUGAGCACGUAGUCAUUUGGCACCGUGACAUUGUUGCCGCAAAGAAUAUUUUAUUCAAAGGAAUGUGUCGUCUUUUUGGCAUACCAUUGCCCGAUUCGUUGAAGAGACCUGACAAUCCACACCAUGCGAACAAUGUCAACUGAUAGCAGCAUAAAAUCAACAAUAAUCAUAAGAAGAAUAUUUUAACAAUUUUGUUAGUUACUAGGCGUGAAUAGUUUAAAUCCAAGGAUUUCUAUUGUACCCUUGACCGCAGUACGGGUCCCUAUUUAGGGCUGUGCGGAAUAUAAAAGAACCCGUA